AUGGGUGGUUGUGUGUCAACGCAGGCACACGGCGGCGAAGUCUCUGAACACGACAAGCAACUGCAUCGUCAGGCGGAGAAAGAGCUGAAAAUUGCAAAGGCAAAAAUGGCGGCGCAAGUCAAGGCGAGUCAUCUUUCUCAAUGCAUUGGCGAACGCGUGGUCUUGUUUUCGAGCCUACGCAUUAUUCCCAUGCCCUCUUCUCCACAAGACAUGACCGUCCUCCUGCUAGGCUCUGGGGAUUCGGGCAAAAGCACAAUCAAUAAACAGAUGCGCCUCAUCCACUCGCGCCCCUUUACCGCGCAGGAGAAGGAAUCCUUUCGUCAGCUUGUUUUUGACAAUCUCACACGCGGCCUCAAGUCAGUGUUCGACGCUCUCGAGCACUUAGAUCUCGAACUACCGGAAGCUUACACCAAUGUUUAUCCUGAGGAUGACUUUCAGGGCCGAGCUGGGUUCGUUCGUGGAUGGGCACCUGGGGAAUGCGGUGGAGAUGCAUUCGCUAGCACUCUUCGCCGACGAGGAGAACCCAAAGGGUGUGGUGAAGACGGCGUCAAACCAGAUCGGAUUACAGAAGACGUCAAAUUGAUUGAGGAGGCCGAGGAUGCGCGAGAUGGCGUCCCAUUUCCGUUGAAUUUUCUUGGCCCUCUUCAGCGUCUUUGGGAGGAGCCAUCUGUUCGUGAGGCUUGGUCAAGAGGUAAUGAGGCAGCCUUGCCUGAAAAUCUACAAUACUUCUUCUCGGAUCUUCCACGAUUAUUCAACCCCGACUACAUACCAACAGAACAAGAUAUAGUCCAAACGCGGGCAAGAACCAUCGGCAUAACUGAAACCACAUUCCAUCUCAAGGACCACGAAAUGCUUAUGGUUGAUGUUGGUGGUCAAAAGUCUGAACGGCGGAAAUGGAUUCACUGCUUCCAAGAUGUGACAUCGAUUCUUUUCCUCGUCAGUCUGAGCGGAUACGACCAAUGUUUAGUGGAAGAUCGGGACGCGAACCAAAUGCAAGAUGCGAUGACGAUAUGGGACUCGAUCUGCCAUUCGCAAUGGUUCAAACAGACGUCAAUCAUUCUUUUCUUGAACAAAGACGAUCUCUUCCAGAAGAAGAUCAAGUCUUCUCAUAUCAAGACCUUCUUUCCUGAUUUUGAUGGCGAGCUGGGCAAUGCAGUCGUUGGCCGGGAGUACUUCAAGAAACGAUUCUCACGGCUCGCUCAUAAAGCCGGACGGGCGAAGGAGAGGGAAAUAUAUAUUCACGUGACUACCGCGACGGACACAGAGAAUCUGAGAGUGGUGAUGGCUGCUGUUGAAGAGUGA